AUGAGCCCAAGAAACCACAACCGUCUGCCCUCCUCUCCCCGGCUUCAGUCUUCAUUUCAGAGUUCAUGGCACCAGUCUUGCAUUCCCGCUUUUCGCUCUCAACGGUCUCUCUCUAUUUCUCUCUAUGAUGGCUUCGCCACGAAUUCUACUAUGCGGCGGCGUUUUAGGCCGCAUCAACCAGCUCUUCAAGCGAGUCAACUCAGUGAAUAAAUCAGCGGGUCCUUUUGAUGCUCUUUUUUGCGUGGGCCAGUUCUUCUCCGACGAACAAGACCGGCUCGAUGAAUUAAUGGACUACGUCGAAGGCCGAGCCCAAAUUCCUCUCCCAACUUACUUCAUCGGGGAUUACGGCUUCGAUGCGGCCAAGGUUUUAUCGGUCGUUUCGAAGAACUCUGCCAAUCAAGGUUUCAAAAUGGACGGGUUCAAGGUUUGCGACAAUUUAUUUUGGUUAAAAGGCAGCGGCAAGUUUACUCUCCAUGGUUUGUCUGUUGCUUACUUAUCUGGUAGGCAGUUGUCUAAUGGUCAACAGUUUGGAACAUAUAGUCAAGAUGACAUUGACGCAUUGCGAGCAUUCGCAGAGGAACCUGGAAUAGUUGACUUGUUUUUAAGUAAUGAAUGGCCAAGUGGCAUCACAAAUAGAGCCACUGCAUCAGAUAUUCCUGCAGGAAUCUCGGAUUCUUCUGGCAGUGAUUCCACUGUAUCCCAGUUAGUCGCAGAGAUCAAACCACGGUACAUGAUGUUUGAAGAGUUUCGCAUUACUUGCUAUCACAUUGCAGGUACUAAGGGUGCAUUUUAUGCUCGUGAACCUUAUUCUAAUGUUGAUGCUGUGCAUGUAACUCGAUUCUUGGGUCUUGCUUCUGUUGGGAAUAAAGAGAAACAGAAAUUUCUUCAUGCACUUUCUCCAAUUCCAUCGUCUGCCAUGUCAGCUGCUGAGAUCAGUGCAAAGCCCCCAAAUACUACCUUAUCACCGUAUACAUUAGCAGACCAAGUGGAUCAUCCUAAAGAAGCCACAAAGAGGACUAGUGAUAGUUCUCUUGAUUCACAAUACUGGAGAUAUGAUGUCUCGAACAAACGGCAAAAGCAUGGGAAUGUUGAUGGUAAUAAGGUGUGUUUUAAAUUUAUAUCUUCUGGGACUUGUCCGCGGGGAGAAAAGUGCAACUUUCAACAUGAUAUAGAUGCAAGGGAACAGUUUUUGAGAGGUGUUUGUCUUGAUUUUAUUAUCAAAGGGAAAUGUGAAAAAGGUCCAGAUUGCAACUUUAAGCAUAGUUUACAGGAUGAAGGUGAGAGUUACUCUCGAAAGAGACCUGGAUCUGGCAAUAGUAAUGCUAACAGAUCAAAAGAGUGCUGGUUUUGUUUGUCUAGUCCAAAUGUGGAGUCACAUCUGGUAACUAGCAUAGGAGAGAAUUUCUAUUGUGCACUAGCAAAAGGCCCACUUGUUCAAGAUCAUAUACUGAUAAUUCCAGUGGAGCAUUCGCCAAAUACUCUCUCUCUACCAGCAGAUAGUGAAAUUGAGCUUGGCAAAUUCCAGAACAGUCUCAAGAUGUAUUAUAAAAACCAGGGAAAGGAAGCUGUGUUCUUUGAGUGGAUAUCAAAACGUGGCACCCAUGCCAACCUUCAGGCUGUUCCUGUUCCAUCAUCCAAAGCAGCUGCUCUUAAAGACAUUUUUAGUUUAGCAGCUGAAAAGUUGGGUUUUGAAUUUGUUACCAAAAGAUUCAACAAUAAUUCCGAGGGGAGAAAAUGGUUGAGGACACAGUUUGAUAAGAAUUUUAGCUGCUUCUAUGUGGAACUCCCUGAAGGUUCAUUCCUAUCACAUUUGGUUGAGGAGAAUGAAAAGUUUCCUGGCCAAUUCGGACGAGAGGUGCUGGCAGGCCUACUGAACAUGGCGGAUAGGGCUGAUUGGAGGAAUUGUACAAUUGGCAAAGAAGAGGAAACAAAGCUGGCUGAAAAUUUCAAAAAACGAUUUGAAGUAUUUGAUCCGAGUCAAUGAUUUUACCAAAGGAUAUGAUGAUCCAACAAAAGAAGAGCUGCUUUCAUUGAACAGGAGCUCCAAUCAAUCGCCUUGUGCUGAUAACGAAGUGUGGCAUAGCUUUUCCUAGUCAGCUUGGAAGGAUGUUGAAUCCCUUGGGCCUUCGGUUCAGGGCAUCUUACAUUCCCUCUUGGAAUAUCGGACUUUGCCUAUGUUUGGCUGGCAUGGGCAUAUAUUCCUUGGAGUGCAAGUUGUCGAAGGGAACACUAAUUCGCUUCUUAACCCAGCCCAGAAUUUGUGUCCACCUAUAAAUUUUUUUAAUUUUAUUUUUCCUUAAAUGAGCAAAAAACUUGAAUGGUAGUCUUCUGCAUUAAACCGUCGUAGGUUGGUUAGGUGCUUUAUUAAAAUCAGGGUCUAUCGAACUCAAAUCAUCAAAUGAACGAGUAUUUGGUAAUGAAAGGUUCCUUGCCGGUUAGGCUAGGUGAAAGGGAUCCAAAACCGCUAUGGUGGAAUAUCACUAAAAGGGCGGCUCUUUUCAGCUUUAGCAAAGGCAAAUCAAAGCAGAUAGAAUAUGCAAAAUUAAAAAUCACGACUGCAAAAUAUGUCAAGUUACCGCAUUUCUCCCCAUGGUUUGCAAAAAAAUAGUUGAAGCCUUUAUAUGUAAGGGUCCCAUGCUUGUGUAAGAAAAAUGAUGACCGCCUCCUUGGCGAAAAGUAGCGAUGUGAGCCUGACGGAGCGAAAAUGGAGGCGUGUCAAUCAAGACAACCGUCU